CGACCAAGUGUUAACAAAACUGUUAUCAUUUAAUAUUUACAAAUAUGAACAGACCAGGAACAAUAAGAGGAGAAUCUUAGUACAUUAGAAUUUCAAGUCGUCAUACCUUUCGACAAGUUCGAAUAUUAUUUAUCAAAGAGAUUCGACUCUUAAUAUCAAAAUAAUAACGAGGUUAUCAUCGAACGCUACAUUAUCUCAUUUUAUUACCAAGUCAGCUGUUUAAAAUUCCGACGCAUAAAAUAAUUAUUUUUAUGAAGAAGUGAAAAGUCUGAAUAUUGAUAGUAAAAUCUGAGUGAAAUUGGAAUUUGAACGAAUGUGCGUUCGUAUUUGCUGAACAACAUCGCCGAGUUGACAUGCGUGGAUCGCGCAGCCAACGCCAGGGAAGCGAUUUGACGUGUGGCAUGCGUGCGUACGUACGUACAUAUACAGUUAUACAGCAGUGCGGGAUUUAAACUCGUCGCGACCCCGGGCCACAACACGAAAGCCUUCCCGUCUUCGCCGCACAAAUAAUAAACAAAACGAAAAAAAAACGUCGAAUGAAAAGAAAUCACGAUCGGACUGCUUACUGCCAAGCGUUGGUGCCACCUGAGCUGUCAUUGCGUUGCAGCUCGUUUGACUUUUGCUUCGCUGAACGAAAAUAAUGCGGGAUCAACGGACACCGCGGAUUCGCCGACCCUGCUGUGUCACACAUACGAUGCAUACGCGAGGACAGAACGACGACAGUUGGAGCGCGAGCGAGGGAGAGAGUGCGGGUCCGCGUUGUGGAAGCUGCGAUCGCGAGCUCGGUGCGUACGUCGGCUCGCGAUCUAUGCCCGUCUCGGCUGCGGACGGCGCGGCUGCGGACGGCGCGGCUGCGGCUGCGGUUGACGGCGGGUCGAACGACGACGCAAUGCUCGGCUGGUUGAACAUGAUGCGCGUUUGUGACGGGGCGUUUGAUGUGCGAUUGAGGAAAUUCCGCGAGGCGACGACGACGACGACGACGACGACGACUGAAAGCAGCAGCACGACCGCGAUGGAGACCGCGACGGUGAAGAACGGGGACGCGGACGAGGCGAGAAAGUGCGAGGAGCAGCUGUCUUUGCUGAGCGCAGCAAACAGCUGUUCGUCCUGCAAGUCCGCGAGUCACACGGCAGAAAUGGCGCAAGAGGAUCAAGGCCCGUCCUGGGACAACUUGCCCAGCGUUAUCUUGCAGGAGAUAUUCUCGUACUUGUCGCACGACACCAGAAUAAGAGCCUCCCAGGUAUGCAGAAAUUGGAGGGACACUUUAUUCCAUCCGAGCUUCUGGAAGAAAAUCGUUUUCGUGUUCAAAGACAAGGACAGCACUCUGUGGGCCCGAUUUUUGACAGACCGUUUCGCUCUGAGCGUGCAGGAAGCUACUAUUCGUUGGGAUACACCCAAAUAUAUUGAUUGCAUGAACGAAACGUACAGAAUCUUGAAAAAAUUAAGCCCCAAUAAGCAACUGAAAAAAUUAUUCUUGGAAUUCUACGGUAGUGCUUAUUCCCCUAAACGCUGCAACUACUAUCGCUACACAUCGAUGAUAAGAUCUUUGGUGAACAUUAUCGAGACUUCCAAUUGCCUGGAGGCCCUAAGUCUGGGAUGUAUGGUAGAGCUGAUAGAAAAUCAGUUUAUAUUUCUGGAACCUCUCCGUCUUCAUCACGCCAAACACUUGACACACCUCAGUCUGGCGUCUGUCAAGGACACCCUUGAAUACAAUGAUUUGAAGAUCGAUACCUCCUUUUUCAAUUCAUUCGUCAGAUUAUCCGUCUUGACCCUGGAUUACGAGUUCGUCAGUGAUACUUUGUUGAAAGCACUAGAUAACGGAUGCAUGCAGAGAUUAGUGAUUCAUGUACACAGUUGGAAAGAGAGCUAUCCAGGAGCGACAAAUAGAGCUUGGCAGUUGUUUGUUCAAAAGAACCCGCAAUGUGAAUUAAGGCUCAAUCUCAUACAUUCUUACGUCGGCGUGAAGGUUUUGGACACCGAUAUAUUUUGCCCUGCCAUGCCGUUGACGGACUUGAAAGUUCUGUUUUGCGAAAAUGUGAAUAUCAGAGCGCUGUUACGAUUGUCAGAGUGGUAUUCGGAUACUCUCCGAUCGGUGACAUGGGUGGACUCGAUAAAUCGCAAACAAUACAUGCCGUCUACUUUUGAUCCAAACGAACCAAAUAGUCCAGAUCCUUUAGUGCUCGUGGCGUGGAAGUGUACUAAACUUACGAGUAUGGUAUUCCUGGGCCACAAAUAUUAUCAAGAGAAUCUUCUGGCCAUCGCGCGUCUCCGAGGCAGCACUCUUAAAUUGCUGGUAUUUGCAAAAAGUAAUAUCAGUUCUGAAUACGCAUCGUGGAACAAUCCCGUAAUCACGGCCAAUAUCAUACAUGAAAUUCGAGACAUAAUGGGUCUACAUUGGACGCCAUUAAGUGACACGCAACUACCAACGGUGAUAUUGGAUCCGACGAAAGGCCACAGCAGAGAAGUGAUCAUGUCGCUGGUACUCUGUGAUCAGAAGUAAUUCGCGACAGAUGCCAAGAAAAAUCUCUAUCCAGUGUGAUUAUUCAGCAACUUCCGGGCCACCAGCAUUCUCAGAAGUAACGUUAUCAAAUUAUAUCCUUUAUUCUUCUAUAUAAGAUUUUUUUUAACGAGAGGUUGCGGAUGAAAUAUCGAACAGCGAAUAUGUACUAGUUAAGUUUGAAAUCUCGUAAGAGCGUUAUUGUUUUGCCAAGAAUGGAGAAUUGUCUAGGGUGCAAUGUGUUAGAUAUACAAAGGGAUAAACGCACACACAACCUUCCCUUCGUUUACGAUAUUUCUGUCGGUUCGUAUAUGAAUGUGAUAAACUAUAGUCAACUAGAUCUAUUUCGACUUGCUAAUCCGAUGCAAAUUACGACACAUUUGCAACCAAUGAGGUAAUCUCUUUGAUUAAGAGAUGAUUCUCUUCAGUGAUUUAUACGCGUUAUAAUUUUUUCUUCUUAUAAAAAACUAUGAAUCGCACUUUGGUGUUGCCAAAGUGACGGGUUAGGAAUGAUCAUGCGAAUAUAUAUUAAGAGCGAUACAAAUUAUCGCCUAUAUAAAAUCAAUAUCGCCAGAAGAAGAGACCAGAGUACAUUUUAUAUAACUACUAUUCUGGUCAAGAGAGAGAAAGAAAGAGAGGGAGAGAAAGCGGCGCAUUAAAACGACGUGGCCGAGUUCAAGAUCGCAAACACAUAAGAAGCUUGCGUCGUAAAUCUUUGAAGGCAGCUGCGAUGUGAAGCCUAGCAGAAGGAUAGGAACAACUUGUUCAGUAGAAAGAGAAAGAGUUUUGCAACACAUAGGAGAGAGAAAGAAGUUUGGAUCUCGUGAUCUUCCACUGGAAAGAAUAACAAAAUUCCAAACAUAUGUAAGUAGAAACGCGUUUAACAACAUAUUUUUCCAAUUCUCUGGGAAGUUAGAUGAUAGCGAGCGCCAAGAGCAUGACGUGCGAAAGUAACUAUCUAAUAAGAUUUCGCGAAGAGUUCGUUGAACGAGCGGUGCGAGUGAGUAUAAAGAGUUGUCGUGCUAAAAGAAGAAAUAAAAAAAAAACGAAAGAAGAAAGGAGAAGAGCACGAAGUCGAUAUAGCGAUCCGAGGUUAUUUUUAAUACCAAGACCAAUCGGACGCUUUUGUACAAAUGUUAACGUACCGAAAAGAGCACGGUCGGCUCGGCGAGAGUACGUGAACCGCGAGCGGAAAGAGAAGAUAAAAAAAAAGAAAAAAACGUUCGCAAUACCGCCCGCCCGUACAUAGCUUUUCGGUGGGUGAUAACAAGUAGUAAAUCGAACAGGGAGUAACGCAAAGUGUAUUAUUGUCUUUACUCACCGUGCUCUUAGCGACCGCUGAUGACGAACACACGAAUAUAGGUGUAUCUGUAAAAUCGGGAUUUAUUAGCCGCUAUAAUCGUAUAUGUAUGUAUAUGUAUGUAUAACUGUAUUAUCUGUCGAAACUUUAAACACGUCAACAUCCGGACGCAGCGCGCAUCUAUUUCUGUCGUGCGAUUAACUGUGACGAUUUUGCGAGCGUGUUUACAAAGAGAGAAAGAGAGAGAAUGAGAAAGAGUGAUCCGUAACAAAGAUGAAAUACCAAAAUGCAGCCGUAUAUGCCGUAUAUCCAUACAGUUUACUAUUCCGAGAGGUUAUUUACUUUUUUCGAGUCCUUGUAUAAUUAUAUUACAUUGUCGUGUAACUCGUAGUCACGUAUAAUAUUGUUUUUUUAUAUGUGCUUUCUGUAUAUACAUCUCAUGCGUUUGAGAUACCGGAAUACACGCGCGAACAACGCGGAAUCGCGUACGGAGAGAUACACGAAGAAAUAAAAAUAAAAAAAAAAGAAGAAUAAUAAUAAUAAUUAGAAGAGAGCGAGAAGAUGUGGAAUAGAAAGUGAUAAAAAGCGGAUGUACAGAGGAUGAAGAGCGAGGGAAAUGCGAGCGGAAGAAAGUUUCUUUUCGACGAACGACUAGCUGUUAUACAAGAUGAACGGGCCUUAAUACGUACCUGAGUCGCGGUAAGGGUAAAUUCAUCGAGAAAAUCUGUCACGCGACAUCCACCCUAGAGAGAUAAAACCACCUUAUAACACGGCCGCGUCCUCGCGAACGCGCGGGGACACGCACGCUCGCCGGGACAGCGGCCACAAACUUAAGGUAUAUUACGCUCGUGCAAGUGCCCUUUCAUUUCGUAUUCCGCGCGUGUAUAUUUUUAUGUCAGAGGAAAAAAGGAGAGGAAAAGUCUAAACGUUCGGGAACCGAGGGGGGGAGGGGGGGCGGUUUCCUAAGAGCCGUAAACUAAUACCGUACAAACGCGGAUCGGCUAGCUAUUUAGUCCGCUGACCGUCGAUACUGCCGGACGGAAUUAAGAAUUUUGCGAGACAACUUUGCGUUUCUUCUCAUUUUUUUCUUUCCAACGAACGGAAAUUCCGCGUAACGACGAAGAGGGAGAAAAAGAAAAACUAUAUUCGGGGACACGGUGCCCAGUGUAUGAGUGUGAUAAGCGACCAUAAGCGAGCGAGAGAAAGGAUGAAAGAGAGCGAGAGAGAGAGAGCGAGAAACAGCGAAAGCGAGAGUAAAUGCGAAAGAAAAUCAUUUUGCGACAAUUGCGCGAGAGAGCGAGUUAGCGUGCAAAGAGAGAAAGAACUAAGAGAAAAAAAAAAAAUUUAAUCGAGAGCGCGAAGCGAGAUGAUACGCGUUCGAAUGUAUAAUGGAAUAUCCGCGAAACGUAGAAACAAAUCAAGUGAUAUGAUAGUACCAUCUCUGCGAAGUCCUCUGUAAUAAUAUCGUAGAAGGCAGUCGUGCAGCCGCUUGACGCGGGCACAACGCAACUAAAUCACCACGUUGUCGACAACGUGAUAACGACAAAAAAAAAAAAACCACAAGCAUAAGACUGAACCUGCCGUAAGAGGUGUAUACAACAAGCCGGGCGGGCUGCACGUUGCCGCGCACACAUUUGCCGACACCAUGUUCAUAAAAGAGUAGGACAUACGAGGCGGAAUGGAAAGCACAUUUUUCUCGCA